AUGCCUUCAACUCCGAUGCCUCGUCGCAAGGCCAAGACCAACAAGCUUAAUAAGCAGACGCUCAAGAAAAGCUCCGCCGCCGCGACGCCGUCUACCACGACCGCUGUCCAAAGUUCUGAUACAAAAUCGUUCGUGGAUAAGGCCACUCCGCGCAACGAUGCCCCCAUCCCCCUCGACCUGUCCAGCGCUCCCCGAGGCAAGUCCCCCGACCUGGACGCCCAAUCUACCAGCACCUCCCCGGCGCCUUCCACUCCAAGCAAACCGCCGACCGAGCGCCCUCGUCUGGUUCACUCUCAGAAGAAGCGCUUCGAUCACGCCAUGGCCGUUGCGAAGGUCCAUCGUGCCAUCACGGAGGUGAGAAAAUGCAGGGCCGAGAUGAAAAGAUUGAACGACUUGUGCCAACAGCAUCAAGACAGUGCUACCCUGGUACUACUCGACGCCAGUGUAGUUGCCGCGAGCGAUCGCCUCGUGCAAGCCGUUGAGGAUGCUGAGAGAACCCAGGCAGGUAACCCUCCGGAACACGUCCGCUACCCCGCCGAGAUGAUUCCCGAGCUUCUCGCUUCUGUCGAGAAGGCUGAGGCCGACAGAUACAAAUGGAACUCGAAGCUCAGGCGGCUGUAUCUUGUCCUCAAUAUUAUCAGCAGCGAGACGAUGCCGAACUUGAAGCGCAAAUUGGAGGCCGCACGCGAUGAAAUGGCAGCCUUGAGGACAUCGCGCACAGUUGUUCAAAAUCGACCCGAACCCCCGUACCCUCUCGAUUUGCCCAAUGGCAUGAAGAAGCGGUAUCCAGUCUUGAAGGGCCUUCGUUGA